UCUAAUCUUGUAGAUUAGAUUUUGUUUCUUUCUUUCUCCAGUCGUAUGAUUGUAAUAUCUCGAAUAAGCUCAUGCAAUUCAAGAAGAUUACACUUGCUUGCUCCAUCAAACAAAUUCCUAGUAAACUGCUAUAUGACUCAUGCAUGAUCCUUUUAUUUUGUGGACCAAGUAUUUAAGCAUUUUUGCUUCUUAACAGUCAUGUUACCUUAGGUUAAGAAUUUAAGAUGGCUUGUGAUUAUUAUGUAAGUAAAUGCUAUUAGUUCAAAGAGUUGAUGUUGCUGUUUUUAUUUUCUUUUGCCCAUACGGUUUGACCUGUAAGAGUUACUCUAAAUCUUUCCUUGGGAGUACUCUUGUGGACUGAUAUUGUUAGGGUCGGCAUAGAUGUUGGUGCUGAUUGCAAGCAAUUUUAGAUAUAUCCACGGCCAGAAUCUCUCUAAGGUUCUGAUGUUCUUUUCUUCUACCUUUAAAUUUCGCCAUCUGAUUCCGAUUGAGAGUUUAUGAUGCGAUUCAUUAGAGUCAAAUCCUCUAAUAUACCCGGACCCAAUCUUUGAUCAUUCAAGUUCCAGCUUAUAAUUAAAAGAAAUGUCGAUAGCAAAUCUGAUCAGUCAAUCGCUUCCAUUCCCAUCAUCAUCGAAUGCUAGUUUUCACUCACCACCCAGGUCUGUUAGUUUUAGACCUACUGGAAGGAUUUCAAACACCAUCAGAGCAAUCACAAUAGGAGGCGGACAAACAAAAGACAACAACGAUUACUUCCACAAAUCAAACAAACCUAAACAUCCAAAACAGUUUGAGUUGCCAAAGACCGAUGUAAAAGCUUGGGCAGAGGAAAAGGUAAUCGAAGCUGGUGGUGGACAAGUUGUGAAAGUGAAAAUGAACAAAGGAAAAUGCAUUCAUCAAGGUUUGAUUACUGAAUCACUUCCUAAUGGGUGGACAACAGGUCGCACAAGGCAGGGAAAAAGGAUCAAAAAAAUAAUAAUAGACGCCGCUCAUAAUCAUGCUAUUCUAGUCCUGUAUCUGUCCAAUGGAGGGAGGCUUCAGGGUUUGGCAAGUUUUAGUGAGUUUUGGAACAUUUUGGUAGAUUCGCUUGAAAGUGGUGAUCAAUCUAUUCCAGAUGAUGGUUCAAAGGGAACAAAUCGUGGAAAAUUAGACUGGAGGACCGUCAGAGCAGGUUUUGUUGCUAGAAAGGAGGUACUCGUUGUGGAUUCUGGAUCUACUCCCCAAGAAGGGGGCUCAAGUAUAUCCUCCAUGCCGCUUGGUUCAAAAUGGUCCCACCCACUUUCUGCACUGGAAAAUGGUUGUGUCUUGGUUGCAACUGAGAAGCUUGAUGGUGUUCAAACCUUUGAAAGAACUGUAGUGUUUCUCCUUAGAUCGGGAAACACAGAUCCGCGCCAGGGACCCUUCGGAUUGGUCAUCAACCGCCCACUUCAGAAAAGAAUUAAAGACAUGAAUCCCACUAAUCAAAAAUUAGCUACCACAUUUGCAGAUUGUUUUUUGCACUUUGGUGGUCCACUUGAGGCUAGCAUGUUUUUGUUAAGUACAGGUGAAAGUUCGCAAAGCCUUGGGUUGGAAAUGGUCAUUCCUGGCCUUUGUUAUGGUGCUAGAAACAGGUUAGAUGAAGCUGCAGGCUUAGUAAAGAAAGGGAUUCUUAAACCUCAGGAUUUUAGAUUCUUUGUUGGAUAUGCUGGUUGGCAAAUGAAUCAGCUAAGAGAGGAGAUUGAAUCAGGUUUCUGGGUUUUAGCUGCCACUAGCCCUAAUCUGAUAUGGGAGAGUUUGUCAUGUUCUUCAUCAGAAGGUUUAUGGGAAGAAGUUUUGCAGCUGAUGGGAGGCCAAUACGCAGAAAUUAGUAGAAAACCGAAGCGAAAUGGUUAACAAUAUGGUUGUUUGCAUAUAGAAAGAAACUAUUUCGCCUUCAGUGCUUGUACAUACAUAUAUAUAUAUAUUGUACAUAAUCUAAGAACCAAACACACUUUACUAUUUAUCGUCAUAAUUUGUUAUAGCUAUGAUGAAUUUCGACCAAAAUAUGGUGAUUGAGACUUUUUAGAGUGCAUUGAUUUGUAAGUUUUCUAAUAUUGUUUCGGGAUUCAGAGUGGUUUCGGGUUAACUGGAACCUUUUGUUCGA